AUGUUUCCCAGUCGCGCGGCGUUGCGCAUACGCAUAAUUCUGGCGGGCCUAUUCCUCGUGUUGAUAUGCAGCCAGUCUUUCUCGCGCUGGCACAAUCAGAGUGAUGCACCCGAAGCCACCUCCAUCGAUGAUCCAGCUGCACUCCGACAAGCUCAACUCACCUGGCGUCAUGCUACUGAAGGCAACAUCGAAUUCUGGCGUCAAUUCCAACCCUUGCUGACCACUUACGAACCAAAAUGCCUACCCCCUCUGAGGCUAGGAAUGGCGCCAUCAAUUCGGUUCGAGCAGGCAGACCCUCACGAUCAAACCGAGUUCCUGGAUCUUCUCCCCAUGGACAUUGAGGACCUGCAACAGACGCAUCGGGGCUUCCUGGACGCAAUCCAGACUACGCCGCCUCAACUGAACUACACGCGCAACACGCGCGGUCUCGUGUCCACCGCAGGAGGAUCCUACCUCCCCGUGCUCGUGCUAUCGCUCCGCAUGCUCCGGCGCACCGGCUCCCGGCUCCCAGUCGAAGUCUUCCUUGCCAGCGAAGACGAGUACGAGACGUACAUCUGCGACGUGAUCCUGCCCUCGCUGAACGCGCAGUGCAUCGUCCUCUCGACCAUCCUCAACGCGAUCCCGCACUCCAUCCACAUCCAGAAGUACCAAUUCAAGCUCUUCGCGAUGCUCUUCUCCUCCUUCGAAGAGAUCCUCUUCCUCGACGCGGACGCCUACGCGCUCUUCCCCCCGGAAACCCUCUUCACGCGUGACCCCUUCCUCACGCACGGCCUGGUCACCUGGCCCGACUUCUGGGCCACGACGAUCUCCCCCUCCUACUACGCGAUCACAGGGCAACCGACCCCGAGACCGCCGACGCGCCCAUCCAGCGAAUCCGGCGAGGUGCUCCUCUCGAAAAGAACGCACCUGCGCACCCUCCUCCUCAGCACCUACUACAACAUCCACGGCCCGGAGUUCUACUACCCGCUGCUGUCGCAGGGCGCCGCCGGCGAAGGCGACAAGGAGACCUUCGUCGCCGCGGCCCUGGCCCUCGCGGAGCCGCACUACCAGGUCGCCGAGCCCCUCUGCGCCAUCGGCCACACCACCCAGCGCGGCGGCGGCUUCGCCGGCUCCGCCAUGGUGCAGUUCGAUCCCACCGAGGACUUUGAUCGGCACCACCACCGCGAGGAUGACACACGGAAGCCCCAGCCACAAGCCCACGGCUUCUUCCUGUCCACCAACAAUUCCAGCACGGCCCGUAGCACCCCCCGGGCUUUCUUCAUCCACGCCAACUACCCGAAAUUCAAUCCCGCCACCGUCUUCGACGCGCACGAGGUCAACCCCGCCAUCGGCGACGAUGGCCGCUACACCCGCGCCUGGACCGGGCCGCCGGAGAUCAUCCGGGCGUUCGGCCGCGACGUCGAGAAGGAGUUCUGGGAGGAGAUCCGGUGGACGGCGUGCGAGCUCGAGGGGAAGUUUCGCUCCUGGGAAGGGAAGAAGGGAAUCUGUAAGAGGGUGAAGAAGUACUACCAGGCGAUGUAUGGGGGACGAUGGUGGGGUUGGUAG